GAAGCUAGGAGCACGAAAAAUUACAGCUAUUUCACCCAGCACGGGUCCCUAUGCAAGAUCCAUUGAUCGGCUAACUCAAGUCUGUUGAGUUGAUUGGGCGUGGCAUGAACUGGUAGAUCAAAGCUUGAAUAGAGUCAUGCAUUUAUUCAACGUCAUUACGGCCGUAGGUCUACUGUCCCCAUUGGUAGGAGCAAUCAAUGCUUCAAAGCCCACUGCCUCAACUACAGGCCAAACUGCUGGUAUACAAGCCCUUGUGAAGCGACGAAUACCGCAACAUGAAAAUUCUUUCAUCUUUUCUUUGACCAACGACACCGCGUCGGCAGUAGAUAACUACACUGUUGUGAGCACCGUCGAUGGUAAGAUCCAUGUGCAGGGAACAUCGCUCAGUUCUAUUGUAUACGGCCUUAAUUCUUACCUCUCAGACGUUGUUCACGUCGAUAUCUGGUGGCAUGCCGGUAGCCAACUCCAAGAUGCACCCGCGAGUCUGCCGAAAUUGUCAUCACCAUUGAAUGGACAAAGUAUUGUUCCUUAUCGCUAUGAGCUGAACACAGGUGCGUAUGAGAAUGGAAACAGACUUCAAUCUUCCAAAUUUCAGCAGAAAAAGGAAUUGCAAUUGGACUGGAUGGCUCUUCGUGGCAUCAACAUAGCUCCAGCAUGGAUUGGAAUUGAGAAAUUCUUCAUUGAAGUCUUCCGAGAAGUCGGCUUCACGGAUGAUGAUAUUUUAGAUUUCUUCACCGGUCCUGCAUUUCUCGCCUGGAACCACUUUGGCAACUUACAAGGAUCGUGGUCUUCCAAUCUACCCUUUGAAUGGGUCGACAACCAGUUUGCUCUUCAGAAAAAGAUAGUAAAACGCAUGGUAGAGCUGGCAAUAACGCCCAUUUUGCCUGCAUUUCCCGGCUUCGUCCCUCGGGCGGUGUCUAGUGUACUACCUGAUGCUCAGGUCCUCCAUAGCAUCCAGUGGGUGAACUUUCCUGAGGAGUACACUGAAGACAUACUACUUGAUCCCGUUGAUCCUCUAUUUGCGCAAAUGCAACUGAGCUUCAUCACGAAGCAGCAGCAGGCAUACGGAAACAUCACGAACUUUUAUACUCUUGACCAGUUCAACGAAAUGACACCUCCUUCGGAAGACCUAGAUUACCUGAGAAAUGCGAGUUCAAACACUUGGAAGGCACUCAAAGCGGCGGACCCCAACGCCAUCUGGGUGUUUCAGGCGUGGCUAUUCGCGCAAAACACCACUUUCUGGACGAACGACCGCAUUGAAGGAUACCUUGGCGGCGUCACUACCGACAGCGACAUGCUGAUUUUGGACAUUUGGUCAGAAUCGAUACCCCAAUGGCAGCGUGCUCAAUCGUACUACGGCAAGCCUUGGAUCUGGUGCGAACUGCAAAUUUACGGUGCCACCAUAAAUAUGUAUGGCCAGAUUCAGAAUGUCACCAAAAGCCCUAUCCUGGCACUACAAGAGUCGAAAUCGCUCGUUGGGUUUGGCCUGUCGAUGGAGGGCCAGCAGGGUAAUGAAAUCGUCUAUGACCUUCUGCUUUCCCAAGCCUGGAGUAGCGAUUCUAUUGACACGAAGGCCUAUUUCAAGAGCUGGGCUGCUGCACGAUAUUCGAGCAGCAAACGACCUGCAAGUAUUUACGCUGCAUGGGAGACGGUCCGCACUACUGUUUAUGAUAACACCAAUCUCACUUUGAUGCCAUCUGUACCGAAGUCAAUCAUUGAGCUCAUUCCCAGGACGACUGACAUGGCUAAUAUUAUCGGAAUCCUGGGUACCAAACUGACAUAUGAACCGGCUACUAUGGCUGGCUUACAGGAUACAUCACUCUUCAACAAUUCGGCAUACCAAUACGACAUUGUCGAUUGGACACGUCAGGUUUUGGCCAACGCAUUCAUACCCAUAUAUGAGAAGAUUCUGCAGAUCUAUAACAUGCCUAAUCAGACUGCUGAAAGCCGAGCCACACAAUUAAGGACACAGGGAGAGCAGCUUACCCGUCUACUCCUUUCCCUCGAUCUUGUUCUCUCGUCGAAUAAAAAUUUCCGUCUUUCGACUUGGCUCUCAGAAGCUCGUGCAUCCGCCCCAAGUCCAGCAUAUGCUGACUUUUUCGAGUAUAAAGCUCGCAAUCAAAUCACUGUCUGGGGCCCUUCAGGUCAACUCAUCGAUUAUGCGUCGAAGGGAUGGUCUGGGCUUAUGAAGACAUAUCACUUAAAGAGGUGGCAAAUGUUCAUCGAUUAUUUAGUUGCCACAGAACCAGCGAAUUACAACCAGACUGAAUUCCAGGACGUCUUAUUACCUUGGGAGCUAUCAUGGGCUAACAGCACCGGAAGCCAACCGGACGCGUCAGACGAAGACCUGGAUGUAGAGGACAUUAUCCGGAAAAUGGCAAAACAGUGGAGCGAGAUAUUUGCGUAA